AUGGAAAAGUUGCCUGUCGCCAAGAUCAGUCCUACUGUUCCAUCUUACUAUCCAUGGAAAAGUUGGCUGUCCCCCGGUCCAGUCCUACUGUUCAAUCUUACAAUGCAUGGAAAAGUUGGCGGUCCCCCAGUCCAGUCCUACUGUUCCAUGUUUCAAUCCAUGGAAAAGUUGGCUGACCCCCUGUCCAGUCCUACUGUUCCAUCUUACAAUCCAUGGGAAAGUUGGCUGUCCCCCGGUCCAGUCCUACUGUUCAAUCUUACAAUGCAUGGAAAAGUUGGCGGUCCCACAGUCCAGUCCUACUGUUCCUUGUUUCAAUCCAUGGAAAAGUUGGCUGUCCCCCUGACCAGUCCUACUGUUCCAUCUUACAAUCCAUGGAAAAGUUGGCUGUCCCCCGGUCCAGUCCUACUGUUCCAUCUUACAAUGCAUGGAAAAGUUGGCGGUCCCACAGUCCAGUCCUACUGUUCCAUGUUUCAAUCCAUGGAAAAGUUGGCUGUCCCCCUGUCCAGUCCUACUGUUCCAUCUUACAAUGCAUGGAAAAAUUGGCGGUCCCACAGUCCAGUCCUACUGUUCCACGUUUCAAUCCAUGGAAAAGUUGGCUGUCCCCCUGACCAGUCCUACUGUUCCAUCUUACAAUCCAUGGAAAAGUUGCCUGUCCCCAAGAUCAGUCCUACUGUUCCAUCUUACAAUCCAUGGAAAAGUUGGCUUUCUCCUGGUCCAGUCCUGCUGUUCCAUCUUACAAUCCAUGGAAAG